AUGAUGAACAAGAUUCCAGACAGUGUUAUCGAAAUUAAAUUGAGGUUAGCUGGUGGUGGAAUGCAAAAGAUCUUCAAACAAACAUUUAGAGUCGACGAGGGCGAAAAACUACUAAAGGCAUCAAGAUGUUAUUUAUCCACCACUGCUGGUCCAAUUGCUGGUCUACUCUUUGUGUCAACCCACAAAAUUGCAUUUUGCAGUGAAAAACCUUUAACCAUCUCUUCAAUGAACGGAGGAUUUAUUAGAACACCUUACAAGGUAGUGAUAUCGGUAGAGAAGAUAAAAAAAGUCGAAGAAAGUCAGAAUGUCGACAAACCGAAACAAAAGUACAUAGAAAUUGUGACAGUUGAUCAUUUUGAUUUCUGGUUUAUGGGUUUUGUUAACUACGACAAAGCUUUCAAGACUCUUCAAAAAUCCAUCAACAUAUCUCAACAACAACAGUCAAGAUGA